AUGCGGUUUCAAUCCACUACGCUGGAGCAAAGAAAACACCAUGUCAGGGAUAUCAUCUCUUCAUUUGAUCGCACUACCUUGCCCUUGGAGUUUAGGGGAGACAUCUUCGCACGAAUAGACGAGGAACAAGCCGGAAGGGCGUCAUCUGAAUGGACACGUCAAGGAGAUUUAACAGGAACGGCCAUGCAAUGGGGGUCACAUGACCCUGCAUCCUGGGAGACUCUGAACAGAUGGCAACCGGCGAGCCCGCGGGCCAGACUUUUUGCAGAAAAGCUACGAAGACUAUUCGAAGACCAAUUCCAGAAAUAUGAAGAUCUUGGUAGCAUUCCUGGUCAGAGAACUGCGGCAGGAACCAGGGCUUCACUCGGCCAAAUCUGCGAUAGGUUUCAUAAGCUGGCUGAAGCCACCAUCAUCGACUUGAAGUUCAGAACAGAAGGCCAUGCGCAUACCGCAGAUGUUUUGCUGGACGUGCUUGCAAGAGUGUGCAGAAACCACGAUGAGGUUGCCGAGGUGCGUCGGAGCCCACGCACCCCUACAGCCGGCGCAUCAGAGGCAGCAGAGACAAGCCUUUAUCAUGCGUUGAUCCAUGAACCAGCUCCAGGAGCUCCUGAUUUCAUGCUCGAGGCUCUUGAAACUAUCAACGAGCUGUCACCAAGGACCCUGGCCGCCAGGAGCAUGAGGCAGAGAUUGCAGACUAUCGACGCUCUACUCAGGGUUCGGGGGUCACCAUUCAGUUACCAGACCAGGUUCAGCAGCAUAGUCAACAAUUGA